GGGAUGGUUUUCUCAGCAGAAUACAUUAAGAAGAAACUGGAGCAGGAAAUGAUCUUAUCCCAAGCCUUUGGAAGAGACUUGAACAAGGGCACCAUGCACUAUGGGCUGGUGAUAGUCGGGCACUCUCUUGGUGCAGGCACUGCUGCUAUCCUCUCCUUCCUGCUGAGACCUCAGUAUCCCACACUGCACUGCUACUCUUACUCUCCACCUGGUGGCCUUUUUAGUGAGGAUGCCAUGGAGUACUCAAAAGAGUUUGUCACCUCUGUGGUAUUAGGAAAAGACCUGGUACCAAGGCUGGGCCUGUCACAACUGGAGGGUUUCCGACGCCACCUUCUGGAAGUCCUGCAGAAAAGUAACAAGCCUAAGUGGAGGAUCAUUGUGGGAGGCACCAAGUGCAUCCCGAAAUCAGAGCUUCCAGUGGAGGAUGAAGAUCCUCAGUCUCAGCCAGCAGCGCCUCCCAGCAGUCGCCUGUGGCUCCACCCCAGUGACCUCAGCAUUGCCCUUUCAGCCUCCACCCCCCUCUACCCUCCCGGCAGGAUCAUCCAUGUGGUGCACAACCAUCCUCCAGAGGCAUG